CUAUCACAAAAACUUGAUCAACGUGUUGUCAUUUAAUGUGCUACUUCGAGUUUGUGUGGCGUGACUCGUUAUAAUAAUCGCGUUGAGCUGAAAAGAAGAUGCACAAAAUAACUUUACGUCGCUACACGCCGCUGAGUGCCCUGGUUAAAAUCCACCAAGCAAGUGGGCCAUCAUGUCAGCAACCCGCCUCGACGAGUUCUCCCGCAAGUGUGGUGGAAAUGCCUCCAUGCGACUUCACACCAAAACAAUACAAGGGAAUGUCCAAAGAGCGUAUGUUGAAGAUUCGACAGACAAACUGCCACCCCAUGACCAUGAAGGUCACCUACUACAAGAAGCCGAUGUUCAUCCAUCAGGGUCACAUGCAGUGGCUGUUUGACGUGGACGGGAGGCGAUACUUGGAUUUGUUCGCCGGCGUAGCCACCGUAAGCGUUGGCCACUGUCACCCUAAGGUGACGGCGGCUGCAGAGCAACAGCUGAGGACGUUGGGACACACCACCAACAUCUAUGUUUAUCCGUCCAUCCAUGAGUACUGUGAAAAACUAGCGUCACAUUUGCCUGAUCCUCUCAAGGUGAUCUUGCUGACCAAUAGCGGCUCAGAAGCCAAUGACUUAGCUACGUGCAUGGCUCGAAUGUACACUGGCAACUUUGACAUCAUCAAUCUCAGGGGAAGUUACCACGGAGGAAGCCUGCACACCAUGGGUUUGACUUCACAACCAGGGUACAAAUACCCUGUCGGUAUUGGUUUAGGCUGCGCAAACACCAUGUGUCCUGAUGUGUUCAGAGGUCCAUGGGGGGGAAGCCGCUGCAGGGACUCUCCUGUGCAGACUAUCAGACAAUGUAACUGUGCCCAAGGCUACUGCAUGGCAAAUGAGCAAUACAUUGAACAGCUCAAAGAAACACUUCUCACCAGCGUCCCGAGUCGAAUUGCCGCUUUCUUUGCUGAGCCUAUUCAGGGAGUUGGUGGAGCGGUGCAAUACCCGAAAAACUUCCUGAAGGAGGCGUACAAACUUGUGAGGGAAAGAGGUGGCGUCUGUAUCGCUGAUGAGGUGCAGACCGGAUUUGGCCGGACAGGGAGCCACUUCUGGGGAUUCCAAGGUCAUGACGUUCUCCCUGAUAUCGUGACCAUGGCGAAGGGCAUCGGGAACGGUUUCCCGAUGGGAGCUGUUGUUACAACACGGGAGAUCGCAGACAGUUUCACAAGCGGUGUUCACUUCAACACCUUUGGCGGAAACCCGGUGGCUUGUUCCAUCGGGUCAGCCGUCCUAGAUACAAUCAAAGAUGAAGGCACACAGCAAAACAGUUUGGAGGUGGGCACCUACUUGAUGACUGAACUCGCCAAGCUCAGAGACAAGUAUGAGAUCAUAGGCGACGUCCGGGGCAAAGGCCUGCAGAUCGGAGUGGAAAUGGUCCAAGACAAGGCCAGCAGAAAGCCACUGCCUCAGCAGGAUAUGGCAGCCAUUUUUGAGGACAUCAAAGACAUGGGCGUCCUCAUCGGCAAGGGAGGAGUUUAUGGGCAGACCUUCCGCAUCAAACCGCCCAUGUGUAUCACAAUGAAGGAUGCCGAUUUCUUCCUGUCUGUUUUCAACAUGUCCAUCCAGAAGCACACGGAGGGAAGAUGAGCCAAAGCUAAGGGGAAAGUGUCGUUGACAUUAUCUUUUUUAGGUUCGCCACUUUCAAACUAAACAAGUGUAAAACGCUACUGGAUUAGCAAGGAGAAAAAUCACCUUACUUAUACAGUAUGCAAAACAUAAUGCGUAACUCACAUAAAAAAUAAUCUAGUCACCUGAUUUAAUUUUUUCUUAAAUAAAUGCAAACGCAAUGAAGAAGUGGGCAAUACGUGUUUGUGCUGUUUUAGUCAGUCACACUGGGUUACCAUAUACAGGUAGUCCCCGGGUUAUGAGGUACUUGAAUUUUUCCGACUUUACGGCACCGGAGUCUCACCUGCCAUGGUCUCCGGUCUUUUUUUUUUUUUUUGCUGUGUAAACAGUACCUUAUUGUACCACAGAGUAUCUUAUUUUUAACUAUAUCAAUUUGACGUAUUUUGUCCUCACUAAACGUGAAGUUGUUCAGCUUCACAGACAGCCAACAAGGAAAUUGUGUUUUUUAAAGCUUUUUCCUUCCUUCACUUUUUGACAAACUGUAAAGCUGUAACAAACAUGUGUACACUUAUGUUAAAAAAAAAAAAACACAAAUUUUACCAAAUAAAACACUUGACACAGAAAAAUUGGUGUUCAAACGUCCAUCCCCUCUGAUGAAAAUGUAAAUGAAGUACAUUGGCGGACACAAUAUGUU